CUUUGUGUAACGGAGCAAUUCCAUCGUUUCUAUGAUGAAAUAGACUCGAGGAUCAGCAAUGUCUGGUCUACCGUGGGAAAGCGAGGAAAGUCAAAACUACAUUCGAGCGGAAUAUAUUCUCACUGAUGCUGUAAGAAAGGAGUUGAGGAAUUUAUUUAUUCAUGAAUGGAACAAACGUCACCAGGCUUCUCUCGGAGCAUGGGAUGACACAAACGUCAGUGGUAGUCAGUUGUUUAAUCUGGAGAAAAAACGAAGAAGGCUAAAUAAGACCAUGCUUCAGUCCAAAUUUCAAAAUGGAAAUACAAAUGAGUGGGAUUGUACCGUACUUUUUGAUGCAAUUCUUUAUUCCAAGUCAAUCGGUUGUAGUCUUAGUACAACAGAAAAGACUGAAAUCGAUAUUCUUCGAAAACUGCGAAAUGAAAUAAUUCAUGAAAUACCUGACAAAACGCUAACCGAUAAAGAAUUUCAAACCAUGACAACAAAAGUUGAGAAUGCAUUGGGUGCAUUGGGACUGUCAAUCAACGAGGUCGUUCGAAUAAAAAACCUGUUUGCGUCAUUUAUAAUUCUUCCCCCUGAACCAGCCCAUGAAGUCGUUUACCGUUCUGACAAGAUACACGAGAUAAGACAGAUCCUUGAAAAGUUGCGCAGUCAUAACGAUGGCAAACUUACAUAUUUGUACAUCUCUGGGAAUCCAGGCAGUGGAAAAUCUCAACUCGCCAGACAAGUUUGUGAAGAUAUUUGCAAAGAUGUUAAUGCGAAAGACAAAGCAAUGUUUGUAAUGACAUUGAACGGAAAAGAUUUAGAUUCUCUUCUUUAUUCAUAUAAAGAUUUUUGUCGUCGGCUGAAUUGUAACGAGAGCGCAUUGCAAAGUAUUUCAAGUUCAUCUAAACCUAAAGAAGAAAAAAUAAAAGAUUUAAGAUCGCAAAUAUCUUGCAAAAUAAAAAAUUGGAAAAAGUGGUGGAUCAUCGUUGACAAUGUGGAAAAUCUAGAACUCAUAUCCCCACUACUGCCUUUGAAGGGAGACGAAGUUUGGAAGGACGGCCAAGUUAUAUUAACAACACAAAACACAAAUGCUGUCCAACAAGACAGUACCUCAACUAAGCAUAUCUCACUUAUUCAUGGUAUGAAUGACCAAGAGUGUCGCCAGCUGCUUGUUCUAUUAUCGUGUACCGAGGUCAAUGACCCAUUACUAGAUGAGAUGGCGGAGAAGUUGGAUCGUCAACCACUGGCAAUGGCCGCGGCAGCCGUGUAUAUGAGAGAAGUAACCAAUAGUUGCCCAGAUUUUUCUUGGCGAGAUUAUUUACAAAAACUUGAGAAGGGUAAAAGGGGUUUAACCGAGGAACGUCUUCGGCAAAUGAAUUCAGCGGCAUAUUCCUCCACAAUGAGCACGGCAGUGUUGCUAGCGGUUAGAAAAUGUGCAGAAAAUAACACAAUCCUGGAACAUGCUUUCAACCUUUUCUCUUUGUUAUCUUUUGAACCAUUACCACUUGAUCUUGUUGUAAAAUAUAUUCAGGAGCAACAGGAGGUAGAUGCGGAGGACGUCAUUACCGCAAUAAAACUCUCCUCGCUGUUUGUUCAGGAUGGUAGCAAUGGUGAUGUCCGCCUACAUCGUGUUGUUCAUGAAGCCGUCAAAACCUUUUGUCUUUUCGAUAAAUCUAAAAAAGAUAAUACGGAAAACAAAAGUACAAGCGAGGAAGAAAAUAUAACUCACAUUUACAGGGUUGUCAAAAUAAUGAGUUACUUUAGUGAAAGAGAAGAUAAAAUCAAAUCUAUUCCGCAUUUGAAAGCAUUUCACAAAGAAAUUAUUGACAACAUUCAUUUUCCCGAUCAAGCAUUACACUUAUUAAGCUUACAUUUCGAAAAAGCUGAGAUUUCUCAAAUGUAUAUAUCUUUGGGCAGCACACUUUAUCGCUUUUGUCAGUAUGAACUGUCGAUGGAAUUUCUUCAACUGGCACUAAAAAUUCAAUUAAAUCACCUUGGUCCGAAUCACACAUACGUAGCAACUUCAUACAACAGCCUGGGCAAUGUGUGUAGCAGAAAAGGUGAUCUUGAUCAGGCUAAUGAAUAUUAUCAACGGGCGCUAAAAAUUAAAUUGGAACAAUUAGGACCGAAUCAUACUGACGUUGCCACUUCAUACAACAGCCUAGGCAAUGUGUGUAGCAGAAAAGGUGAUCUGUAUCAGGCUAAUGAAUAUUGUCAACGGGCGCUAAAAAUUCAAUUGGAACAAUUAGGACCGAAUCAUACUGACGUUGCCACUUGUUACAACAGCCUGGGCAAUGUGUGUAGCAGAAAAGGUGAUCUUGAUCAGGCUAAUGAAUAUUAUCAACGGGCGCUAAAUAUCCAAUUGGAACAAUUAGGACCGAAUCAUACUUACGUUGCGAGUUUAUACAACAACCUGAGUAAUGUGUGUAGCAAAAAAGGUGAUCUUGAUCAGGCUAAUGAAUAUUGUCAACGGGCGCUAAAAAUUAAAUUGGAACAGUUAGGAGCGAAUCAUACUGACGUUGCCACUUGUUACAACAGCCUGGGCAAUGUGUGUAGCAGAAAAAGUGAUAUUGAUCAGGCUAAUGAAUGUUAUCAACGGGCGCUAAAAAUCCAAUUGGAACAAUUAGGACCGAGUCAUACUGACGUUGCCACUACAUACAACAGCCCGGGCAAUGUAUGUAGCAGAAAAGGUGAUAUUGAUCAGGCUAAUGAAUAUUAUCAACGGGCGCUAAACAUUCAAUUGGAACAAUUAGGACCGAAUCAUACUGACGUUGCGAGUUCAUACAACAAGCUGAGUUAUGUGUGUAGCAGAAAAGGUGAUCUUGAUCAGGCUAAUGAAUAUUGUCAACGGGCGCUAAAAAUUCAAUUGGAACAAUUAGGACCGAAUCAUACUGACGUUGCCACUUCAUACAACAGCCUGGGCAAUGUGUGUAGCAGAAAAGGUGAUAUUGAUCAGGCUAAUGAAUAUUAUCAACGGGCGCUAAACAUUCAAUUGGAACAAUUAGGACCGAAUCAUACUGACGUUGCCACUUCAUACAACAGCCUGGGCAAUGUGUGUAGCAGAAAAGGUGAUCUUGAUCAGGCUAAUGAAUAUUAUCAACGGGCGCUAAAAAUUAAAUUGGAACAAUUAGGACCGAAUCAUACUGACGUUGCCACUUCAUACAACAGCCUGGGCAAUGUGUGUAGCGGAAAAGGUGAUCUUGAUCUGGCUAAUGAAUAUUAUCAACUGGCGCUAAAAAUCCAAUUGGAACAAUUAGGACCGAAUCAUACUGACGUUGCGAGUUUAUACAACAACCUGAGUAAUGUGUGUAGCAGAAAAAGUGAUCUUGAUCAGGCUAAUGAAUAUUGUCAACGGGCGCUAAAAAUCCAAUUGGAACAGUUAGGACCGAAUCAUACUGACGUUGCCACUUCAUACAACAGCCUGGGCAAUGUGUGUAGCAGAAAAGGUGAUCUUGAUCAGGCUAAUGAAUAUUAUCAACGGGCGCUAAAAAUUAAAUUGGAACAAUUAGGACCGAAUCAUACUGACGUUGCUACUUCAUACAACAGCCUGGGCAAUGUGUGUAGCAGAAAAGGUGAUCUUGAUCAGGCUAAUGAAUGUUAUCAACGGGCGCUAAACAUUCAAUUGGAACAAUCAGGACCGAAUCAUACUGACGUUGCGAGUUUAUACAACAACCUGAGUAAUGUGUGUAGCAAAAAAGGUGAUCUUGAUCAGGCUAAUGAAUAUUGUCAACGGGCGCUAAAAAUUCAAUUGGAACAAUUAGGACCGAAUCAUACUGACGUUGCCACUUCAUACAACAGCCUGGGCAAUGUGUGUAGCAGAAAAGGUGAUCUUGAUCAGGCUAAUGAAUAUUAUCAACUGGCGCUAAAAAUCGAAUUGGAACAAUUAGGACCGAAUCAUACUGACGUUGCGAGUUUAUACAACAACCUGAGUAAUGUGUGUAAAAUAAAAGGUGAUCUUGAUCAGGCUAAUGAAUAUGUCAACGGGCAAAAAUUCAAUUGGAACAAUUAG